AUGGUGCCCAAGGUUAACUGCAAUCCCGUCAAGCUCGCUUCGAUCGUGACAUACUUCCAGAAGUCGCGCGUAGCACACAGCCUCAAAGACCUUGAAAAGCAGCUUCCGUCCGUCGCUUCCAUCAAUGGCAUGCAAGUCAAAGACUACAUACAGGCGCUGCAGGACGACAACAAGAUUAACGUCGAGAAGAUUGGCUCAGGUAACUGGUACUGGUCGUUUCCCUCUCAAGACAAGAAGAUACGCGAGAAAGCACUCGAUGACGCUCGCUCCGCAUACGACAAGGCGAAUGCUAUCAAUGAAGACCUGAAAAUCAAGCUCGCCGAGUCGCAAGCACAGCGCGAGGACGAACAAGACAUGCUCGACAGUGGCGGUGAACGCCGUGAGACCCUUGUCGCAACGAAGACUGGACUGGAAGCUGAAGUCAAGCGACUGCAGAUGGAGCUCUCUGCGUAUAGCGACAGUGAUCCAACCGAGCUGGAGCGGAAAGCCAAGGACCUGAACGGGUUCAAAGCUGUGGUUGGGCAAUGUACGGAUGACAUCUACUCCAUGGAAGGCUGGUUCAAGAGCAUCGGUCAAAGUGAAGCUGUGCAAGCAUUGCGCGUGCAGCUGUACGGCGAUGAGCUCGAUGCCGAAGAAGGCAUGCUCAGGGAGCUGUGA